AUGUUGGUUGCUCUGCUCUGCUUACUGGUGACUGUGGUUUACACUUGUGACAUAGAUGUCGAACUUGAGUCUCAAACUGAUGGCAUUAUGCAUUCUCAGUUCACAUUUCACAAUGGAACAAAGAGCAAAGUACACCACUACAAGAAGAAAGGAGAUAAAAACAAAGCUCAUAUCGUAGGUGGUUUAUGCAAUUUGCAACCGACCAUUCUCAAGACUUAUAAAGAGGAUCCCGAGUUAGGAUCAGGCAAGCAAAUCGGAGAAACAAGGGCUUUCCUCGAAGGAGCUGGAAUGGUUCACUACAUGGUUCACCAUGAUGCAUGGCCACGUAUGGGAAUGAGAGUUGGUGUUUCGUGUGGAUUCGGUGACUGCGGUGGCAGAGGAUGA